AUGUCGUGGAAGGAAGAAAAACUCACGCACACUUUUAAUGGCAUCAGGUUUACUACAAGAUCCUCACCGGAACUUUUAAAUGCUUUGGUUUCAUUUGAUGCUAGAGAAGAUGAUAUUCUGUUGGUUUCCUACCCCAAAUCUGGAACCCACUGGCUGGCGGAAAUCCUGACACACAUCUAUGCAUCCAAAGUGGCUUUGACCUCUCCUAUUGAAUUUGGAGACCUUUCCAGACUGGAUCAACUGGAUCGCCUUUCUGGCAAAAGGAUCAUUCCGACCCACUUGGACAGCAACCUCCUGCCGCCAACAUUCAGGGUCAAGCAUUGCAAGGCCAUUUAUAUAGUCCGAAAUCCAAAGGAUAUCGCUGUAUCCAUGUUCCAUUACUAUCAAGAGAAUCCAAAUCUUCCCACCGUAGAUUCCUGGCCGAAUUUCCUGGAGAUGUUCUUAAAUGGAGAUGUUGUCUGCGGAUCCUGGUUUGACCACGUUUUAAGCUGGGAAAAACACUUGCAUGAGAAAAACAUCCUGUUCUUGUUCUACGAAGACAUGAAAAAGGAUCUCCCGAAGGUGAUGAAGAAAUUAAGUGCCUUCCUAGGGCUCAACCCCACUGAGAGCCAGAUGUAUGAAAUCUGCAAAAAGUCUUCCUUCAAUGAGAUGAAAACCAAUACAGAAAAGGAAAAUUCUGAUCAAAGCCAUACAGUCUGUGUACUCACUUCCAACCGGAAAUUGAUAUUCCGAAAAGGUACGGUUGGUGACUGGAAGAAUCACUUCACUCCAAAACAGAACCAGCUGUUUGAAGAGACAUUUAAGAAGAAAAUGACAUUCAGCGAAGUGGCGAAACAUCUCGUUUAUGAAUGUUGA